GCGGAGCGCGCGGGGCCCGGAACCUCCCACCCGCGCCCCGUCCCGUCCCGGCCCGUGCGCCCCGUCCCGCCGCGCGCGCCAGCAUGAGCUCCACGCAGUUCAACAAGGGCCCCUCGUACGGGCUGUCGGCCGAGGUCAAGAACCGGCUCCUGUCCAAGUAUGACCCGCAGAAGGAGGCAGAGCUCCGAAGCUGGAUCGAGGGGCUCACCGGCCUCUCCAUUGGCCCCGACUUCCAGAAGGGCCUGAAGGACGGGAUCAUCUUAUGCACACUCAUGAACAAGCUACAGCCAGGCUCAGUCCCCAAGAUCAACCGCUCCAUGCAGAACUGGCACCAGCUGGAAAACCUCUCCAACUUCAUCAAGGCCAUGGUCAGCUACGGCAUGAACCCCGUGGACCUGUUCGAGGCCAACGACCUCUUUGAGAGCGGGAACCUGACGCAGGUGCAGAUGUCUCUUCUCGCCCUGGCGGGAAAGAUGGGCACCAACAAAUGUGCCAGCCAGUCGGGCAUGACCGCGUAUGGCACGAGGAGGCAUCUCUACGACCCCAAGAACCACAUCCUGCCCCCCAUGGACCACUCCACCAUCAGCCUCCAGAUGGGCACCAACAAGUGUGCCAGCCAGGUGGGCAUGACGGCUCCCGGGACGCGGCGGCACAUCUAUGACACCAAACUGGGAACCGACAAGUGUGAUAACUCCUCCAUGUCCCUGCAGAUGGGCUACACGCAGGGCGCCAACCAGAGCGGCCAGGUCUUCGGCCUGGGCCGGCAGAUAUACGACCCCAAGUACUGCCCGCAAGGCACUGUGGCCGACGGGGCUCCCUCCGAUGCUGGCGACUGCCCGGACCCCGGGGAGGCCCCUGAAUAUCCCCCUUACUACCAGGAGGAGGCGGGCUACUGAGGCUCCCAGCGCGCUCUCUCCCCACGCCGUCUCCCCGUCUGGGUUUCUGGGUUUUUCUGUGUUUUCAUCUUUUUUUUAUUAACCUGUUCAGUGCUGCCAAUCAGCUGAGGGUCUGUGAGUGGCUUUCUCCCCCUUGCCUUGGUCCUUCGCAGGACUGAGCCACCAGGCUGGGGGGGGGAGGGGUCAAGGCCGUAUCCUGAUGCCUGUAGGGUCAGGGUCCCUGCUGCCCAUCCAGGCUGUGGGCCAGGCUGUGCUGGGGAGAAGAGGCCUGGGCUUGGAGGGAACGGGUCCCUGAAGACUUCCGGUUGCCUCGUCUCUUCUCAUUUUGUCACCCGAUCAGUUUGUGGUUUCUGUACCCACAAAAGUUUCAGGAAGUAGUAACAAAAGAAAAAUACUUCCCCCCCCACCCCCGACAAGGAAUGGGGCGGGGACAGUGGAGAGGGUGCUGGGCAAUGAGUCCCCUGGAAAGGGGGCCUGGCCACGCUGCUGAGUGUCUCGGGCUCCCAAGUGGCUGGGUUUCCCUCCGACCCCCAGACCUGCCCCGGGGCCUGGUGGGGAAAGUGAGGCCUGCACAAGGAAGCGGAAUUCUGAGUUGCUGGGGCCAAGCCUGACCCCGUCUGCAUGCGACCCCGCCCUCCCCGUAGCCUCAGUGGGUGUUUUUUUAGUGUUGUGUUGCACAGGCUGGAGUGCCGCAGGGCAAUCUUCGCCCACUGCACCUCCCCCUCCCGAGCUCCACGGAUUCCCCGGCCUCAGCCUCCCAAGCAGCUGGGACUGCAGGUGCGCCACCACGCUGGCUAAUUUUUGUAUUUUUGGUAGAGACAGGGUUUCACCAUGGUGGCCA